CUCCUCCUCCUCCUUCUCCUCCUCCUCCUCCUCCUCCUCCUCUCCUCCACCGCCGCCCCGGCCCCGCGGCUCCGUCCCCGGCCCGGCACCGCUUUUCCCCCGGCGGGCCGCCGCCUGCAUGUCGUUGCUGCCCGUCUCCCCGCCGCCGCCUCCCCGCCGCCCUGCCGCCGCCGGCCCCUCCGCCCCGCCGCGCCGGAUGCAGACUAACAGGGAUGCCAAAGGAAAAAUAUGAUCCUCCAGAUCCUCGCCGAAUUUACACCAUCAUGUCAGCAGAAGAGGUGGCCAAUGGGAAGAAGUCUCACUGGGCUGAAUUAGAGAUCUCGGGCAGGGUACGGAGCCUGAGUACAUCCCUCUGGUCACUGACCCACCUGACUGCUCUGCACCUCAAUGACAACAACCUGACUCGCAUUCCACCUGAUAUUGCCAAGCUUCACAACCUGGUUUACUUGGAUCUCUCAUCCAACAAACUCAGAAGUUUACCAGCAGAACUAGGAAACAUGGUAUCUCUCAGGGAAUUGCUUUUAAAUAACAAUCUGUUACGGGUUUUGCCUUAUGAACUUGGACGGCUCUUCCAGCUCCAAACCCUGGGUUUGAAAGGCAAUCCUUUAUCACAAGAUAUUCUCAGCCUCUACCAAGAUCCAGAUGGAACUCGAAAGCUACUGAACUACAUGCUUGACAAUCUAGCAGUUCAUCCAGAGCAGCUGCCUCCAAGGCCAUGGAUUACUUUAAAAGACCGAGACCAAAUUCUGCCCUCAGCUUCAUUCACAGUGAUGUGUUACAACGUCUUGUGUGAUAAAUACGCCACCCGGCAGCUCUACGGCUACUGCCCAUCCUGGGCACUCAACUGGGAGUACAGAAAAAAGGGAAUCAUGGAAGAAAUUGUCAACUGUGAUGCAGAUAUCAUUAGUCUUCAGGAAGUGGAAACAGAGCAAUACUUCACCCUUUUUCUGCCAGCCUUGAAAGAACGAGGAUAUGAUGGAUUCUUUUCUCCCAAGUCACGUGCCAAAAUCAUGUCUGAGCAGGAGAAAAAGCAUGUGGACGGCUGUGCGAUAUUCUUCAAAAUCGAAAAGUUCACACUGGUGCAGAAGCACACGGUGGAGUUCAACCAGGUGGCCAUGGCUAACUCAGAAGGCUCAGAAGCUAUGUUAAACCGUGUCAUGACCAAGGACAACAUCGGAGUCGCAGUCGUGUUAGAGGUGCACAAAGAAUUAUUUGGAGCAAGUAUGAAAUCUCUUCAUGUGGACAAGCAGCUGCUCAUUGUGGCCAACGCCCACAUGCACUGGGACCCUGAAUACUCAGAUGUCAAACUCAUUCAGACCAUGAUGUUUGUCUCAGAACUGAAAAACAUCCUUGAGAAAGCCUCCAGCAGGCCCAGUAGCCCAACUGCAGAUCUUAACUCCAUCCCUCUGGUGCUGUGUGCGGAUCUCAACUCAUUGCCUGAUUCAGGUGUGGUGGAAUACUUAAGCAAUGGGAUAGUAGCUGACAACCACAAGGACUUCAAGGAGCUGCGUUACAACGAGUGUCUGAUGAACUUCAGUGGCAAUGGGAAGAACGGAGCUGCCGAGGGCAGGAUCACCCACGGCUUCCAGCUCAAGAGCGCCUAUGAGAACAACUUGAUGCCUUACACCAAUUACACUUUUGAUUUCAAAGGUGUGAUUGACUACAUUUUCUAUUCCAACACUCACAUGAACGUGCUUGGUGUCCUGGGGCCUUUGGACCCUCAGUGGCUGGUUGACAACAACAUCACUGGGUGUCCACACCCUCACAUCCCUUCUGACCACUUCUCACUGUUAACACAACUCGAACUCCAUCCUCCUCUCCCGCCUCUGGUCAACGGGGUGCACUUGCCUAGCAGGAGGUAGUGGUGGCCCCUCAGAGGGCCAGGACCUGUUGUCAUGGACCUGUACACUUGUAAAUCAAAGUAUAUAGGAGUGAAGUAUGGCCAACCUUAAGCUGCUUCUUCAAGCUCCUUUCCUUAUGUGUUUGAUAUAUGAGAUUUUGCACAUUUUUGGGUGCAUAUUGGUAUCAUUUGGCACUAGGGCUGGAACCAAAGUAUUAUUCCCUUUCCAGGUUUUUAAUUUAAAUUUAUUUUUUUUUUAACUGGCAAGCUUUUUGUUUUGUUUCUCAGUAGGAAGCUGCACUUAUAAACAGACAAACAAGAUGAAAAACUUGCUUAUUAGCAUUAUUUCAAGAUGAUGCUUUUGCCCAGAACGUGGCAAAACGAGCCGACCUUUUAGGAGAAAGAAAAAAGCAAGAACAGAAAUGCUUGGUUUGUAGGAAGAACAUUAGCAACAGUGUUUGUUUGAACCCAAAACAGAGGCUGAACUCUGCAUCCAAAAGAAAUAUUGCACAUUAGCAAAGCACUUAAAUACCUGACUGUAAAGGAUUAGCAGUGUGGCCCUUGUCUAACUGAUAUUAGAAAGCCAAAGAUGGGUUAAAAAGAAACUGGAGGUCAAAAUUCUCCUGAUGCAAUUCCACUUAAACCAAAACUGCCAGCAAAGCAGAGUCCCAAGCCUUUGCAGGUGAGCAUUUAAUGGUUCCCUUUAUCCAAAGUUCAGCUGCAAAGAUGGGAAACUUGGGAUUCAGUGCUUCAUCAGUGUAGGGUACAGGAAAAAGCCACUGGAAAUGCUCCUCCUUCUGCCUCUGAAGGGCUUGUGGAGCAGCUGCCAGAGCCCUUUUUUCACUGGGGGAGUGAGGGGUGUAGCCAUCAGCAUUCCUUGGAUUAUUUUUCCUGACCCUAGUUGCCAAAUAACCAUCACACUUUUAAAACAAUCUUUCUUUUCUGUUGUCGUUCAGGGUUGAAUUAUAAAGCUGCUGGUUCAUUCCCAACUGUUAAUUCUCUUUGGAUGUGUUGGAAAUUUUAUUUUAUUUUAUUUUUUUCUCUCUCUUUUUAUGCUCCAGGUGGCCAGUUCCAAACCUUGUGCCUCGAGAGGCAUUAAACAUAAUGCAAUUUUCUGAAACAAAUUGGUUGGCUGCUUCGUGUUUAUAAAACAAACAAACAAAUAUGGCACAGUGAUAGGAAAAAAAGGUUGUGUCUGUGUUUUUAAGUUUUUCUUUAUUCUGCUUUUUUGCUGCUAUAAGAUUUUUCUUGAAUUUAUAUUUUAAACUUUUCAUGCACUUUACUGUUUCUAGUCUCAAAAAUGUGAUAUUUUUAAUAAAUGAAAAAAAUUUUCCAUGAUGUGAAUGAAAUUUUUAAAGAGAUUGAUAGCCUAUAUUUAUGUCUCAUUCGUAUACUGAAGAAAAAAAAAAAAAAAAAAAGGUCAAAUUUGAAUUGUGAGAUUAGUUUUCAAUACCAAGGAGCCAUCUUCUGUCUUGCAAAAAAACUGCCAAGUCAGGCUGUUCCUCUGCUCUUUAAUUCAAACAUUUCCUUUGUCGUUUUAUACAUAGGAAAUUAUCCAGAGGGGGAAAAAAAAAACCCAAAAAACUAAAAAAAAAAAGGAAAAAAAAAAAGAAAAAGGAAAAAAAAAAAAAAAAAACCAAACCCAAUUGGACCUAGAGUGGAAAUUAUUCCCUGACUCUCGUUGGGGGCUGGGGAGGGGGUGGUGUGGGACAGAAUGCAAGAAGAAAAUGGGUUCAAGGAAAUGACAACUCCCUUUGUACAGAAGUGCCUAAAAACGGAGGCAUCACCUAUUGUUGUCACCUAAAACUGGGAGGUGAUGGUUGCUGGGUGCAGGUGGGGUCCAGCAGCUGCUUUGUGCAGCACCAGAAACUAUUAAAUAAAGACAGAAAGAAAAUAGGAACCCCAAGCCCUGUGCAAAGCUGGAUUUUCCUCUAGGGGCAGGAAUCUUUUUUGAAUAUACCUCAGCCUCCUCCACCUGGCCUGGGCAGAGAACUUGUGAAAGGGAUUUGAGAGUAUAGUACUGGAAAGUAGAAUAGCAUGAAAAACUUAAUUUUGUGGACAUUACCUUUCUGUAAUCAGCUACUGUAUCUUUUUUGGAGGGGGGGAUGCUCUGCUCUGGAGGUGUGCACUAACCAACCCUUCUCCUCCUUUGCCUACACGCAUGUUAACUAGCAAUGUGAGCAAUAUUUCCUACCAUACUUCACUCCCAAUGUUAUUUUUUCUUUUUUUCUUUUUUCUUUUUUUUUCUUUUUGAGAUGUUUGUAUAAAAUGGAAUUUAAAAUUCACUUGUGAUUGUACAUGACCUGCAGAGGAGCCCGUUUACUAAUAAAAAGAAAACCCAACAGCAAUCUUUUGUAAUAUCAGGGGUGGGAAAGGAUGGGGAUGAAAAAAAAAAAAAAUAGAAAUAAACCCAACACAAAACAUAAGCCCACCCUGGCAAACACUGUAAACUGCUUCAGUUUGACUCUCCUGGGUUUCUAACUGAGUGUUCUGUUGCAGGAAGGUGUUAAAUUGGAUUUUCUCUGCUUCUUUGCAACCUCCAGUAUGCUGUGUUGGUUUUUUUUUAAAAAAAAAAACCUGAAAAUUAUUUUAAAUGUUGCACAAAACCUCUGGAUUAUUUUUUUUUUUUCUGUAAAAAAAGUGAGUCUGGUUUCUGUUUCAGUCCUUGCACAUAACUGGGGAUGUGUUUACCCACCUGGCACUGUCUGGCUCAAGAGAGUUUCUUCUCCUUUCCCAGCAGGAGCAGGGAGGGGGUUGUGCUUUUUUCCCAGCUGGGCAGAAACAUUCCUUCUCCAGAGGGAAUUCCUGCUGCAGGGAGUGAGGGAGCAGGGAGCAGGAUGCCAUCAGCCUCCUCCACAGGAUGGGAAUCCCUGUUGGCAAACAAACUGCAUCACCCAGAUGCUGACUCUCAUUUUCUUUCCUCCCAGAUGGAAGCUGCCAUUAGGGUUUUUUUACAGAGUGAAACAUCCCUGCCCCUAGGAAUAGGGGGAUGUGGAACCAUCGAUUCUCCCCGGCUCUGACCCCCCCUGUUCCCAGCACCAAACCUGGAAAAAAAGCUCUUAAGUCCUUCCCUGCUCCUUGCUGGCUCCGUUUGCUUUCCCAGAUCCUGGUGUCAGCUCCUAAGCAGCAGCAGCACUGCCUAAAGCAAGCAGAGAAAAUAAAAACAUCCAACACUCUUCUAGAAGCAACUUUUUAAAAUUCAGUAUGGUUAAUCUGUUAGCUAUGGGGGUUUGUGUGUGUGUGUAUAUAUAUAUAUAUAAAAAAAAAGAAUUUUGUACAAA